AUGGUGUACUAACCAUUCCCAGUUUCUUGGCCGCCAUUCCGGUGGAUUUGGAUUCGUGAACUGAGCACGACGAAAUGACGAAAGUUACUGAGGGAGAAAUUUCACGUGGCGUUCAAGAUGUGGGGAACUCUAAUCUGGAAUUUCCCAUCCUAGCCAAAGGAUUCGUCCGCCAAGACUCGGUACACGACUUUAUAAACAGCGACUCCGACGGCGACUUUAUAGCACUGAGCGGCUCCAAAUCGGAUGUGGUCACUUUGGAGUUGAACUGCAAGUUCAUGGUCGUGGAUCCCUGUCCCUAUUUAGUGGCCAUCUUGGAUUCUUAUGCCGCGGAGACACGACCAUUGGACGUUUUGGCCAGCAGAGUGGAUUUGGUGGCCAUAUACGACAGCUGCGAUGUCCUGGAGGCACAGCACCUGGCCCUGGAGCCGGCCUACACCGCUGUGUGCUCCGUUGCCGUGCCACCAGCCAGAUUAAUAACAGUCAAGCGGGCACCCAAGCCGCUGGCUAAUGGAAAUCUGCUCCUGGGUUCCCUUUACACCUAUGGAUCCUUAAGCCUAAUGACCAAACCCGCGGAAUACAGUCGCUGGAGCCCUCUGGAAGGACUCAACAUCGCUAAAACUCUGAGGGACACUCUGUUGCCUGAAGUGAACACCGCCAUGAUAGAAGACUUUAAGAGUUAUCAAGAAUAUAUUGAUCCCGCCUGGAUCACUAUGUUUGCUUGGUUACCUGAUGAUUCGAAUACCACUGGCCAACAUGUUUUGGUUCUGGGAACCGCCUCCGGAAGUUUGUGGUUGCUAACCUUAAGCGCCGAUGUCAAAACUCUUUUGAGUCACCACGAAACGAAAACCUGCCUGAGUCGUAUCUGCCAUAUACAAGCUUUCCAGGACCUUCUGCUGGUGGGCGAUAGCAACGGACUCAUCCACCUGUACCAAAUACCAGCAAAGGGAAGCAAGACCCCCACCUUAGUGAAGCCCUUGUGGGAGAGAGCUGAUCGCAUGGGUCUGCAAAUGGCAGUGAUCACCGAAUGUCCCAUCAAGGACUGCUAUUAUAUAACCUGCUGCAAGGCGGCGGUUCUGCUGACCUGGAGCAUGCCAAGAACAGGGAGCACAGAGUGCCUGAAAGCACGGAUCUAUAUCGGCGGAAUGAAGAUCACCGGUCUCUGCAGCCUGGACAACAGUAGCUAUGCUGCAGGCACCGCAGGAAGCUAUCUGCAUCGCGUACAAAUUAUCCACGAGAAUAAUCAGCUCAGCUUGCAGAUGCAAUCGAUAGCCAUGGGUGUGCUUCAGGACUUUCAGGUGAUGGGACUGAGCACCAGCAGGCACAGGAACUUAAUGACCCUUUUUCUCUACCGCAACAAAGAAUACAUGAGUGAGACUGUGCCUCAAAAGAACCAGUUGCUCUUUCAAGUGCUCAAGGUGGGGAAUCAGGAUCCACUUGCUCAGCUCAUCAGUCACUUGGAAUCAAAUAACCCCAUGAAUCACUAUACCGAUUUAUUAGCUGAACUACGUCUACACGUAUUUGCCGAGGAGAAUUGGCAAAGGUAUAUGGACUACGGUCCAUUAGAUUCCUUCCAAUUUACGGAUUCCGCCACUGAAAGCCAGUUGCAGCAGCUGCAAAUCAAAUUCCAUGUCCUGCAAUUCGUGAUUCGCCUGCAAACGAGCCACCUCCAGCUGACCGUUCACAGCCAAAAGUCCCAGGAUGAGCUGCAGCUGCUCCUUGCGAUGCUGAAUAUCACACACAUAAGACUGAGGCUCCAGUUCAUUGAGUCAUUAAGUAUGAGGACACCAUUCCAGGAGCAGGCAACAAAGUGUAUGUUUGAGGAGGCCCACCGACUGAUGAAUAAAAUUAAGACCGACUUCACGGAAAAGCAUGUCCUACGACCCACAGCAAACGCAUUCGUUGAGCAAGUAGAUAAUCAUAUUCAGCUCCUGCAUAAGAAUCUGGGUAUUCCUGUGAUAGCUAAUCCCCAGGAGAAGCAACUUCAUCGCUGCAGUGUGUCCCUUGUCGAGAUCUCCCCCAGCUUGGAGCGACGCUACUGCAGCCUGUGCGAGCGACAGAUCCUCUUCGAGUUGGAAAACCUGCAAGAACUCUACGAGUCCGGGAGAAAUCUGACAUGUCCUGUUUGCCAUGGAAGCUUCGCAACGGAAAUGUUUAAUGCAUAAACGUUAAAUUUAUUCUCAACCUUCAA